AUGCCAGGCUUAACUGCAGAAGAGGAAAGAUUGAAAGAUAUUAAGUACAGACAAUGGGGUCCAUAUGUUUCGGAAAGAUCUUGGGGAACAGUUAGAGAAGAUUAUAGUAGUGAUGGAAAUGCUUGGGAUUCAUUCAAGUUUGAAGAUUAUGCUCGUGUUUCACGUUGGUCACAGGAUGGAUUGGCUGGUGUUUCCGAUAGACGUCAAUUGGUCAAUAUAACUAUGGCUUUGUGGAAUGAGAAGGAUGAUAUUUUGAAAGAGAAGUUGUAUGGGUUAACUAAUAAUCAAGGAAAUCAUGGUGAAGAUGUCAAGGAGUUGUAUUACUAUCUCGACAAUACUCCUUCACACUCGUACAUGAAGUACUUGUACAAGUACCCUCAAAAUAAAUUUCCUUACGAAGAAUUGAAAGAGGAAAAUGCUAAAAGAUCAAGAUUAGAGCAGGAAUAUGAAAUCACUGAGACGGGAUUAUUUGAUGAAAAUGAGUAUUUUGAUGUUGUGUUCGAAUGCGCUAAAGAUUCACCAGAUGAUUUGUAUUUUAGAAUCACGGCUUAUAAUAGAAGUGAUAAACCAGCUCCAUUACAUUUAUUACCCAAUGUUGUAUUGAGAAACACUUGGGCAUGGGGUACAAAGGAAAGUGUUAAUGAACCCAAACCACACUUGAGACAAGUGAAUGAUUAUACAAUUGAAGUUGAGACUCAUAAAUUUGGUAAACGUUACUUGUCAUUUGCCCCAUCUGCUGGUAUUCAUGAUGAUUCUCCCGAUGUUGAGCCAAGAUUGGUGUUUACUGAAAAUGAAACCAACACCAAGAAAUUUUAUGGACAAGAGAAUGGGAGCAAAUAUGUGAAAGAUGCCUUUCAUGAACUUGUUGUACGUGGAGAUGAAAAAGCAGUGAAUCCAGACAAGGAAGGUACGCAAGCUGCAGCUUGGUAUGUCUUUGAUCAAGAUGGUGGUGUGCCACCAGGAGAUUAUGUAACCAUUCGUUACAAAUUCACAAAGGAGAAUUCUGAUGUUGAUGAAUACAAAUUGGAUCAGAUUUUUAGCAAACGCCAAAAUGAAGCUGAUCAAUUUUAUUGGAAAGUGUCUCCGUUGCCAAUUAGUGAUGAAUUGAGACAAAUUCAAAGAUAUGCGUUUGCUGGAUUAUUAUGGUCAAAGCAAUUUUAUCAUUUUGUUCACAAUUAUUGGGCUUAUGGUGAUCCGAAUACGGUUAAGCCACCUGUCAAUAGAGCCAACGGUAGAAACAAGGAAUGGAAGCAUUUGUAUAUUGAUGACAUCUUGUCAUUACCUGAUAAAUGGGAGUACCCCUUUUUUGCAGCUUGGGACACUGCAUUCCAUUGUAUUCCGUUUGCCAUGAUUGAUCCUUGGUUUGCCAAGAAUCAAAUUGACCUUUUGUUGAGAGAGUGGUAUAUGCACCCCAAUGGACAAAUCCCAGCAUACGAAUGGAAUUUCAGUGAUGUAAACCCACCAGUUCAUGCAUGGGCUGCUUAUAGAAUUUUCAAAAUCGAGAGAAAAAUGUAUGGACGUGAAGAUAUUGACUUUUUGGAACGAGUUUUUCAAAAAUUGAUGUUGAAUUUUGCGUGGUGGGUUAAUAGAAAAGAUGCUGAGGGAAACAAUAUUUUUGAAGGUGGAUUUUUAGGAUUGGACAAUAUUGGUGUUUUCAAUAGAUCUGAGGCAUUGCCUACAGGAGGUAAUUUGGAACAAGCUGAUUCCACUGGAUGGAUGGCAUUUUUUUCAUUGCAAAUGUUGAACAUAGCUUUGGAACUAGCAAAGACGAGACCGGUCUAUGAGAAUAUUGCCUCCAAAUUCUUUGAACAUUUUGUUGUUAUUGCUGAUGCAUUGACAUUUAGAGGUGGUGAAGGUGAAAAUGAAUCUUCAACAAAGAAUUCACUUUGGGAUGAAAAUGAUGAAUUUUAUUACGAUGCAAUUAGAUAUGGGGAUCAUCAUACCCAAUCGCUUCCAGUUAGAUCAUUAGUUGGAUUGAUCCCACUUUAUGCUUCAUUGACCUUGGAGCCUGAAUUAUUGGAAAGGUUCCCCUCUUUCAAAAAGAGAUUAGACUGGUUUGUCCAUCAUAGAAAGGAAGUUGCUGAGAGAAAUAUUGCAUCGAUGGAAACCAGAGGUGUUGGUGAGAGGUUGUUAUUGUCUUUGGUAUCAAAAGAGAGGCUAGUGGCAAUUUUGCGUAGAAUGUUGGAUGAAAGCGAAUUUUUAUCACCAUAUGGUAUCAGAUCCAUGUCGAAAUAUCACAAAGACCAUCCAUUUACUAUGGAAGUCAAUGGUGAGACAUUCAAAGUUGAAUAUUUACCUGGUGAAUCAGAUUCGGGGAUGUUUGGAGGUAAUUCCAACUGGAGAGGACCCAUUUGGUUCCCUACUAAUUUCCUAUUAGUUGAAGCAUUGCAAAGGUUCUACUUGUACUAUGGUCCGGAUUUGAAAGUUGAAUGUCCUACUGGAUCCGGUGAAUACCUUAAUUUAGCUCAAUGUGCUCAAGAGAUUCAGCAUCGUUUGAUACAUUUGUUCUUGCCCGAUGAAGAAGGUAAUAGGGCAUGUAAUGGUGAAGAUGAAUUAGUCAAUAAAGAUCCAUUUUUCAAGGAUUAUGUUCCGUUCUAUGAAUAUUUUGAUGGAGAUACUGGAAGAGGAUUGGGUGCAUCUCAUCAAUGUGGUUGGACUGCGGUUGUUGCUAAAUGGAUUCAUGAUAAUGGUGUUACUUGUAGGAUACCAAAGACGCCAAGAACACCAAGCAAUAGAAGAAACUCGUCAGUGUUGUUACAUGACAGUACAAGCACCGAGGAAGAUGUGAAAAAGUAUAGACCGAAAUCGGGUCCAUUUUCAGGUAAAUUAGUUAGAAGAAAAUCAGGUAAAUCUUUGUUGAAUUUAACAGUUAAUGCAUUGGACUUGAAUGCCGAUGAAGAAGAAGCCACAACAAAAGCUGCCGUUUGCACUCAAUUGGACGGAUUGGAUCAUGGGGUUUGUGUUACUGAUGAAAUAUUGAAGAAGGAAUUGACUGAGUUGCAAAAGACACAAUCUGGUGCAUCAAUUGAUUCAAAUGAUGAAGUUGAUGAUGAAUUCUUGGAGCAAGUUAAAGCUGCAUUCAAGAAAUACAAGUCGAGAACUGAUGACGAUGAUAACGUUUCUGGAGAUGAGUUUGAAACUAGACUUCAUGAUAAGUAG